CUACAAUCAGGAGAGGCUGGUGGUGUAUUCUGUACAGAGAAUCUGUGACACGUUGCACACAAAAAGCAAGUAUUCACGUUUGUAUCUCAAUUCAAGUGCCGAAAGAAAAGGUAAAUGUUUGGUGACCAUCUUUAAGAUUAUUUGAAGCCCUGCAAGUAUUUGCUGGGUAUUUUUCCUGUUUACAUUCCCUGCACUACCUUCCAUAAGACAUGCAUCUGAGAUCAGUUCUUCUAGUUUUUGGCAGCGCCCUUCUAAUGGAGGUGUCUGAUGGAAUCAUCAACAGUGCAAAGUUAGACAGUUCAAAUUCCUAUAUGAUAUUUCCACAAGAACCUGGAACUGCUUAUGUGAAAGUAACACCGAUAAAAGAUACAAAUUUCACGGCUUUGACGCUGUGUGUUAGAGCUUUAACAGAUCUCUGGAAAAAUUACUCUAUUUUCUCUUACUCAACAUCCAGUGGAAAAAAUGAUUUGCUUCUUGUCAGAAAAUCAGUAGGAGAAUAUCAAGUUCAUAUAGGAGGCAAUGCUGUCACUUUUGAUGCCUUAGAUGGUCUGCAAAUUUGGAACUAUGUUUGCAUUACAUGGGAUUCAAGCACAGGACUAGUAGGAUUAUGGGUAAAUGGGAGGAGGUUAGUCAGGAAAGUUUUAUCAAAAGGGUACACCAUACAACCUGGAGGUGUAACAAUUCUGGGGAAGGAGCAGGACAAACUUGAAGGUGGCACUGAUAAUGUUCAGUCAUAUGUAGGAGAAUUAAACUGUGUGAAUCAAUGGGAUUAUGUUUUGCCUCCUUUCAAAAUCCGUGAUUCAAAAUAUGGAGGUUGCGAACUUUCUGGUAAUGUGAUUGGCUGGGGCACACUAAAUUAUGUUGCUGUGGGUUAUGUUGUGGUAGUGAAAAAUGAAGAUUAGUGCAAGAACUAGAAAUGCUAAUAUCAUAAAUAAAACAAAAUAGUACAGUCACUCUAAAAAAUUAUUUUGUGAGUAUUCAUUUAAAUAUUUAGCAAGGAACAUAUUAUGUGCUUGUAUCCUUUGCAAGACAUUUUAAUCUCUGUAUUUGAAACUGAUAAUAGUCGAUACAUUUUUUUUUUGCAAAAGAGAAUCAUUCUUCCAGGCCUGUAAUGGAUUGAAAAUCUUCCACACAGGGAAGUUUCUUAACACUGUUUUGUAAUUUCUA